UUUCUAGUUAGUUACUUUAUCUUCUUUCUUCUUUUUUUUUAUUAACCUCUUCAUAUAACAUAUAUACCCUUUCGGCUAUGGCACAAUCACCUAGUUUACGUUACUACGGGUAUAGCGAUAAAGCACCUUUGACACCCACACUGCAAGACACGGAAUCAGUCACCAACCAACCAGAUAAUGUUCAAGGCUGGUUAAUGAAUCUGCACCCAUACAGAGACCCUUCUGACAAAAACUCCAUAAUAGUGGAUGCAGACAACAACAGUAUACCAAUAGAAACAGGCAGAAGGAAAGGUCGUCCCGGGUCCAUUGCUUCAGAAGACAGUGUGAAUUUGGACGAACUCAUUAAUGCGAAUUUCACAGGCGACAUGGACGAUGAGACAGAUUUACCGGAUCUAGCAGCUUUGGAUUUAGAUGAUUCGGCUGAAGACUUUUGGAAAAUGGAUAGUCUGAGUGGAGGCAACCUUGACUAUGAUCUGGACUGGAACCCAGCAGAGACAAUGAUACCACCAACAGCAGCAGCAGUAGCUCAUACAGCAGCAGCACCGGUAGCAACGACAGUAAGACGACCGUUGCUACAAGACAAGAAACGGUCUGAUAGUUUUAGUAGUGAGAAUAGCUUAAAUUCUCAAUCGACCAUCACGCAAUAUGCAAAGUAUGGUUUAACACCCAUGAUGAUUCAUCCUUCGGAAUCGUCUUCUUCCUCUUCGCGUUCACUGAGUAGACUCUCUAAUUACUCGGCGACAUCUUCUACUACUCCCACCACAACAGGUGGAAUUCCAACCCCCAGUCGAUCCUACACAACCAGAAAUACCAAAUCUCCUCCCCGAUCUACCAAACGCAUUACCAAACGUGCAUCGCAUAUCCCAGCACCAGCUUCAACAUCCCAUACGACAUCUCCACCCACACCACAGAGAACCCUUUCCUCCUCAUCCUCGUCUUCGGGUACACCUAUGCGUAUCCCCACACUCUCUAAACCUACCAAUUCCACAUCAAAACGAAUCCCUCAACAAAGGGCAAGUCACAUACCUACCGUCAGAGAGUCAAUACAUCGUCCUGGUUCUCCUUUAAAUUCAGGGAGAAAUUCUGCAACACCUUCAAGAAUAGGCAUGCGGAGUCCGACGCCAGGUCCAAGAAAUAGUUUAUUUCACCAUGAACCCACCACAGAACAAAAGAGAGUCAUGAGCCCUACCGCCAAUCGUCCCAGUGGUUUACGUCCUCCCACCGCUACUUCUUCUCCUUCAUCCAUUCGUCCUCCUUCCAAUACCACAUCCGCUCGCUCCGUCAGUCGCAUCGGCACUGUCAAGAAAUCAUGAUCCUCUCAUCUCCCCCCAUUAAUAAACACUGUUUUCUCUCUGUUCA